AUGCCUCGUCGAGUUUCAACCUCUUUGUUAAGUAGUUCACCUCCGACCCCUUGGCCGUCCUUUGCGCCAUCUACGGACAAGGGCGGCACCUUCGUCAACAAGACCUCUCAGAAGGCAAGCAAGAUUGCUCAGUUUUUUUCCACUUCGCCCAAGACAAAAGAGGCCCAAACAGCGGCUGCGGCUUUGCUCGCAGCCAGCAAAGCACAGGAGCAGGCCUUUUUGGCCUCUGGCUCACCGCCAAUUAGCUUUCCAUCACUGUCGCUACCGAGCAUUUCACUUUCAACUGCACGCGCAGACUCCACAAACAUGGACGAACCACCCACCACCUUAUUCCAGCCACCUUCUGCGGCCGAGACGAGAAAACUGGUCAAACAACAUGCACAAUUCGGCCCGCUGAAUUCCCAGUCGCAUCGCUACACAAGUCGACAUCAAGGAGGGGAAUUUCCUGAACCUAUUAUGGACGAACCGCCGUACUAUUACUUGUUGACCACUUACAUCUCCUAUCUUAUUCUGAUCAUUUUCGGUCACGUCAGAGACUUCUUUGGCAUGAAAUUCAAGGAAGACAAUUAUCGGCAUUUGAAGGCUCGCAACGGAUAUGCAGCGCUCAAUAGCGACUUUGACAAUUUCUAUGUGCGGCGUCUGAAGAUGCGCAUCAACGAUUGUUUCAAUAGACCCACGACCGGUGUACCUGGCCGCUACAUCAAUCUGCUUGACCGCUCCUCGGAUGACGGAAACUAUCAUUUCGCACUCUCUGGUUCUACCACUGAAACCCUCAAUUUGAGCUCAUACAACUACCUUGGAUUUGCACAGUCUGAUGGUCCAUGCGCCGAUGCAGUGGAAGACACAAUCAAGCGUUAUGGCCUAGGAACAAGCAGCUCUCGCGCCGAAGUGGGUACCUCAGACUUGGCUGUUGAGUGUGAGAGCUUGAUCGCAAGCUUUGUUGGAAAAGAAUCCUCCAUGCUAUUCUCUAUGGGCUUUGGGACCAAUGCUGCGGUCUUCUCGGCCCUGGUCGGAAAAGGUGAUUUGAUCAUCUCGGACGAAUUAAAUCAUGCAUCCAUUCGAUUCGGCUCAAGAUUGUCAGGAGCAAUGAUCACCUCCUUCCAACAUAACGACAUGAAAGAUCUGGAAUCAAAGCUCCGAGAAGCAAUCUCUCAAGGUCAGCCCCGUACCCAUCGCCCAUGGAAGAAGAUCAUGGUGGUGGUUGAAGGACUUUACUCCAUGGAAGGUACCAUGUGCCACCUCCCUGGAUUGAUCAGACUUAAGAAACGCUACAAGUUCAACUUGUUCGUUGAUGAAGCACAUUCCAUUGGCGCUCUUGGACCCCAUGGCAAAGGUGUUUGUGACUAUUUCGGCAUUGACCCUGCAGAGGUUGAUAUCCUCAUGGGAACUCUGACCAAGUCCUUCGGUGCCAAUGGUGGAUACAUCGCUGCUGACAAAGCUAUCAUUGAUAAGCUGAGAGUUACCAAUGCAGGCACCAUUUAUGGAGAAACCCCAGCUCCUGCAGUCAUCACUCAGAUUAUGGCAUCCCUUCGGCUCAUCAAUGGUGACCUAAAUCCAGGUCAGGGUGAGGAGCGUCUCCAACGAAUCGCCUUCAAUUCAAGAUAUCUGAGACUAGGUCUCAAGCGUCUCGGCUUCAUAGUUUACGGUCACGACGACUCCCCAAUCAUUCCAUUACUUCUUUAUCACCCCGCCAAGAUGCCUGCCUUUUCACAUGAAAUGUUGAAGAGGAAGAUUUCAGUUGUGGUCGUAGGAUAUCCCGCUACCCCUCUGAUCUCUUCAAGAGCACGUUUCUGUAUCUCCGCUGCACAUAACAAGGAUGAUUUAGAUCGUGUGUUGGCAGCUUGCGACGAGAUUGGUAAUGUUCUUCAGCUCAAGUUCGCUAGCGGUAUAGCUGGCGGAGCACCCCCUCUGGCUGAAGGUGUCACUUGGGAAAUGGAGCACAGCCGGAAACGACUUGAAAAGCACGACAAAGUGGCCAAGUCACUUGUGGUUACCCCCAGAUGGACGCUUGACGAAGUCAUCAAACGCGGCGUUCAAGAUGUCAAACUGCCACUCCGGUAA